AUGGCUAUAGGUAAUAUGCAAACAGCGAAAACUUGUGGGAUUUGUUCGGUAGUAGGGCAUCCAACCAAUAUAUGCCCAACUCUUCAAGAGGAGCCCAUUGAGCAAGUGAAUGCAGCGGGUGGUUUUCUUGGACAACUGCAAAGGAAGUAUGAUCCCUAUUUGAGCAUGUAUAACCCAAGAUGGAGGGAUCACCCCAAUCUUAGCUAUGAGAAUUCACAAGAGACGAGGACCAAUAUUCAAAGUCUAGAAAAUCAGAUCGGCCAUAUGACAAUUGCAAUUACUCAACUAGAGGCACAAAGUUCGAGAAAAUUACCCUCUCAAACAGUAGUAAAUCCAAGAGAAAAUGCAAGUGCAAUCGUUUUGAGAAGUGGUAAAGAGGUUGAGAUUCUAGUAAAUGAAGCACUUGCAUCGUUGAAGCAAGAAAAGGAAAAAACCGUUGUUGUAGACAGGAACAUUCCCAAUGACGAUGAUAGGAAACAAAAACUUAGAGGAUGUGAGAAGGUGAGAGUAGGAGAUAAUGUUUCUGCAGUUAUUCAAAGAAAACUCCAUGCGAAGUGCAAAGAUCCAGAUAUGUUUACUAUCCCUUGUACGAUAGGUAACACUAGAUUUGAGAAGGCCAUGAUAGCUUUAGGAGCUUCUAUCAAUGUCAUGCCAUAUUCUAUACAUACUUCUUUAAAACUUGGACCUUUGAAUAAAACUAGGGUUGUGAUUCAAUUGGCUGAUAGAUCUAAUGCAUAUCCUAAGAGUGUAGUUGAGGAUGUUCUGCUGCAAGUUAAUGAUUUGGUUUUCCUUACUAACUUUUAUGUGCUUGAUAUAAAAAUUGGUGAUCAAACUGCUCCUAUUUUGUUAGGAAGACAUUUCUUAAAAAUAUCUAAGACUAAUAUAGAUGUUCAUAGUGGCACGCUUACUAUGGAAUUUGAUGGUGAAAUUGUUAAGUUUAAUAUUUAUGAUACCAUGAAAUAUCCUGGUGAUAAUAAUCUUAUUUAUUCUUUUGAUGUGAUUGAUUUUUUAGCAUAUGAAGUUUUUGACCUUAAUGGAAAAGAUGGAUUGGAAGUUACCAUUAGUAAGUAUCUUGAGAAAGAGAAUGAGGAGUUAGCCUUGAGUACUAAUUUAAGCGUUGAAUGA